CCGACGAGUCUCCCUCAUCGUGGGGUACUCCCCCUCGCCUCUCGCACUCCCCGCACGGCUGCCCACAGGCCCUGGCUCCGCUCCCUGGGCCCGUCCCGGCGAGGGCCGCGCCAUGCCCAGCCCGGUGCCGCGAGGCCGCCGGCCGCCCACUCCCCCCGGCGCUCGGGACCAGCCCCCGCUCUCCGGCGAUCCCCCUGCGCCCCAGCGCCGCCCGGCCGGCCCAGGCACACCCCGCGGUCCCGGGCGCCUCGAAUCGUCCUUCUCCGUCGAGGCCAUCUUGGCCAGGCCCGCCCGCCGCGCGCCCACCGCCUCCCCGCCGGCCGUUCCGCCCUGCGCCGCCGCGACGCUCGGCGCCGCUCCCUCCCGGGUUCCCGCGACGUGGCUGCCCACCUACCUGGGCGUGGGUCUCCACCAGCCGUGCCCCCAACCGCUGGGGCCGGGGCUCCGCGUGCCUCACUUCUGCUGCCUGCAGGGCCUGGGCGUCACAGGCUCUUUAGGCUUAGAGCUGACUCACUGCUCAGGCCUCUGGGGUACCCCAGACUGGGCUCCAACAGAGGAACUCCAGGACACUGAGAGACCCCAAAAGAGGAUUCGGACUAUGUUUAACUUGAAGCAGCUGGAAGAGUUGGAGAAUGUGUUUACAAAGCAGCACAAUCUUGUGGGGAAGAAGAGAGCUCAGCUGGCAGCCCAGCUCAACCUUACCGAAAACCAGGUGAGGGUCUGGUUCCAAAACCGCAGGGUCAAGUAUCAGAAGCAGCAAAGGCUGAAGCUGCCCGUUGUGUCUGCCAUGGCUGCCUCCCAAGACGAACCCUCCAGCAGCUCUGACAACAGCAACCAGAGAGAAGACCCUGAGUCAGGAAUGGACGGCUGAGGACUGGGACAGAAGCUCAACCUGGGCUGUCUGGGCUAGUUUUUCUUGGGGGCACUCACUGGAACUACUGAGCCUUUUUUCUUCAUCUGUAUAAUGGGUACAUUGACAACUUCAUCCUCCCAGCACUGACAGGAUGUCUGUAAAGUUGUUACAGGGUGCCAGGCCCAAGCAAGUGUGUGGGGCAAUGUGUGGUGUUUACACCAGCACUGACCUCUCCACAGAUUAAUCUUUUCCUGGUCUGGCUGUGGAGAAGGGGCCUCCUUGAAUCAGUGUCUGGGCCUUAGAAGUCUCUUACCCACCAGAGAUGGUGGAGUUGAGAGCAAAGGUGAGGGAAAGGUAAACCAUUUAGCCUACUUCCCUUUGAAGAGUUUCCCAAAGUUUUCUUGUUUUUGUCUGAACUGUCACCAUUUUCAGGAGCUCAGCCCCAGCUCCCUGCUUAGGACCAGACAUGCUACCCUGACCACCAUCUUUUUCCCUCUAGCUACCCAUCUUGCCCCCUCUCCAUCAUUACAUAAAAUAGAGCAAUUUGGCUCUGCCUUUGCCAAGGCAGGCAUUUUGUCACAAACUCUGCUGUAUUUCCCUGAGAUGGUUAUAAUUUUGUCCCCUUCAAGACCCUAACUCGUGGUUCCAUUUCCUUCCCAGGAAGCUGCUCAGUUUCUAAGAAGCAUGCUGAUAGCCUGCUCUUGUUAGCCCAGUCACCAGCACAGAAAGGAUUUCUUUAGUGCUCUGCAUUCCUGAGCAGAGGGUGUUGAUAGAAAAUCUAGAAUGGCCUCUGGGUACUGAGGUGAGCUAGUGAAAGAGGCGUGCCCUGCCACCUAGUGGUGGGAGAAGGCAUGGUCCACACUGCUGUCUGGGGGAGAGAAGACAGGGAGAAGAGGUUGUCUUGGAAAAACCACAUGCCUCCAAGUGGUGGUAGACCAUCCUCUCCUAGACACCAGGCCACAGACUUGAGGGAGGCCAGGGUCCAGCUUCAAGAGCCCUUCUACCUGUCUUCAGGGAAAUCCUUCCUAGUGCCGGACCCAAAGUCCACUCUGUUAAUCAAAGGGAUCCAGCUGCAUCUGUCUCUUCCAGUACCGGCUUUUUCAAUUGACUCAUUUUAAAAAUAAAAUAAAAUAAUA